ACUGCCUAACAGUCACCGUCUAAACACGAAACGUGACUCACUGUUUCUUGUGCUUCUUUCUCUCGCAACUUCACUUCAGAAAAACAAGAAAUGGAGGGAAAAUUAAAGAAAUUUAGUUUUGAAGACAGCGAAAAGAUAAAAAAAAGCUCCACCAAGUUACAGCAUUAAAGGUGUUGUCAGCUUUCUGAAUGAAAUUACCAAUAAAGAUGAUCACAGGCCUGCGAUUUCUCUUGGCUUGGGUGAUCCCUCUCAUUUCAAGUGCUUUAGGACUACUGCUAUAGCUGAAGAUGCCGUAAUUGAAGCUAUCCGUUCUGCUAAAUUCAACUCUUAUGCUCCUACUGGUGGUAUUUUCCCCGCAAGAAAGGCUAUUGCAGAAUACCUUUCCAAUGAUCUUCCUAACCAGUUAUCGCCAGAAGAUAUCUAUGUGACUGCUGGUUGCAAACAUGCCAUGGAAGUGACGGUGAAAGUCCUUGCUAGACCAGAAGCCAAUUUUCUGUUGCCAAGGCCUGGUUAUAGAACUUAUGAAACUUUUGCAAAUCUUCAUCACUUAGAAUUCAGACUUUUUGAUCUUCUUCCCGAAAGAGGCUGGGAGGUUGAUCUAGAUGCUGUUGAAGCUAUUGCAGAUGAGAACACCAUUGCCAUGGUUAUAAUAAAUCCUGGAAAUCCUUGUGGAAGUGUUUAUUCAUAUUAACAUUUGAGUAAGAUUGCGGAGACUGCAAGAAAGCUUGGGAUUCUUGUGGUUGCUGAUGAAGUAUAUGGUCAUGUUACUUUUGGGAGCAAGCCAUUUGUGCCCAUGGGUGUUUUUGGAUCAACUGUGCCUGUUAUUACCCUUGGAUCCAUAUCGAAAAGAUGGAUGGUUCCCGGUUGGCGACUUGGAUGGCUAGUAACAAGUGAUCCUACUGGUUUACUUCAAAAAUGUGGGAUCGCUGAUUCCAUUAAGAAUGUUCUCAAUCCUGCCCCUUUCUCGCCGACCUUUAUUCAGGCCGCUGUUCCUGAAAUCCUUGAGAAAACAACAGAGGAGUUCUUUUCAAAAACUAUAAACAUUCUUAGAGCAGCUUCAGCCUUCUGUUACGAUAAACUGAAGGAGAUACCGUGCAUUACUUGCCCACAAAGGGCAGAAGGAGCCAUGUUUGUUUUGGUGAAGCUUAACCUUUCACUUCUUGAAGACAUCAAAGAUGACAUGGAGUUCUGUCUGAAGCUAGCUAAAGAGGAAUCUCUCGUCAUUUUACCAGGGGUGACUGUGGGACUAAAGAAUUGGCUCCGCAUAACAUUUUCAGUUGAACAAUCAUCUCUUGAAGAUGGUCUUGGAAGGUUAAGGUACUUCUGUGGGAGACAUGCGAAGAAACCAUAGUUUAGCAGGAUCAACUGCUGUUCAUCAGCAAAUUUACGUCACUUGUUUAUGUUGUUAAGAAACUGAAAUAAACAUGUAUGAAACAUCGUCUGUAGCUAAGGUAUGUGACUUCAUGGGCAAAUAUUUCAAGUUCUUCUGAAUAAUAAAUUUUUUAUUAUUGCUUCUAACAA